GAGGCGGGAGCUUUCGUAGUCCAUCGGGAGGAAGGCCUGGGAAAAGUCCUUGGGCCGGCGGCAGAUCCAGAUUGGGGCGAUGUGUCCGUAGAGUUCCAAGAUAAGGUGGAGGACGUAUUUGCUGCGGAAAUUUCUUUGCACAGACGUCCACUCAUGACCCUCGCGCAGAAAAAGAAUUUCCUGGCGCGCGCAAAACGCCUCGGAAAGCUGCUCUGUCAGAACAUGUGCUCCUGUGGGUGUGAGGAAGUCUGUGCGAAACCUGUGUGCGUUUGCGGAGGGCGCGGAACUCCAUAUCACGAUGACGGCCGCUACUGCUGUGCCUGUGCCGAAGAGCUUGGUCUGGACUUGGGCAAGUUUGCGAAUUCUGAUGAACAUUUGCAUGCAGGACAUGAUCAUUGCGGAUGCAGCCAUACACAGAAUGAUUCUGAUUCAGAAUUUGAGCUCUGA